AUAAAUGGAAGGUCCCCGGUCGGACCCAAUAGCGGGAACGGAAACGCUAAGAGCAUCGGGCUUUUACUGUGACUAUGUAAUAUGCACUUCCUGGUACUUUUUUUUUUUUUACUCUCCCAGCUUGAACCUUCGGCUGUCAACAUCGAACCUUCUCAACACCUGGCGCAGAAUACUGUCUUCGUAUCGAACACUGAAAGUGGACACACAAGUGGUCGCGAUGGGGUUGACGCAGCUGAACCUUAUAGAUGCUCCACCUGCAAAUCCUCCUUCUCGGACGCCAGUCAGCUGUCGGUGCAUAAUGUCGCCUGCCAUAACGAAGACCUCACGAGCAAGACGGACAAUAAACGCACCAGCGCCAGUACUGAAGACGCUGCCGAAGACGCUGCACUAGCAGGCUUUCCAAGCGAAUGCGUCGUGUGUAGCCAGACAUUCAAAACCUGGCCUGAACUCGGGAGCCAUAUGCAGUCACAUGAUCCCGCACCAACCGAGCCAGACUUCUUCAAGAACUGCCACAUGGCUGACGGAACCAUCCAGUGCAUGAUCUGUGGUGUCGUCACGCCAGACGAAUGUUCUCUCCGCCGUCACUUCGCAACUCACACCAAUGUGCAUCAAUUCUUCUGCCCAAAGUGUCCGUCUAGCUUCAAAACAUCCAGGAGCUUCAUUAGCCACUUCAAGAGAGCUCACACUUCGCUAGCCAGGGUUUACCGAUGCGAACUGUGCAAUUUCACGACCUUGCACCACACCAUUCUACAACAACACAGACAGAAACAUGAUGGCGGCGCCGAAAAAGAACGCUGUGAAGUGUGCUUCAAGGUGGUCUGGAAAACCAGACUCAGGUACCAUUACUUCAUCCACACAGGUGAGAAGACGCACAUUUGCAAAUUGUGCGGCAAAGGGUAUUGCACCGGACCGCAUCUGAAAACGCAUAUUACUUCCAUACACUUGGGCAUCAAACCCAAGUACGAAUACCGAGAUUGUCAAGUGUGUGAUGUGCGGGUGCUUUCCAGAAACUUUGAGUCCCACAUGCGCCGUCAUACUGACGAACCGACGGAUACCUGCUGCAUCUGUGGGAAGCACUUUUACAGCCUCGAGGGGUACACCCUUCAUAUGGAGAGAAUACACGUAGGCAUCAAGGAUCGGAAGUGCCCGGUGUGCCAAAAAGCAUUUUACAGUAUUGGAGACAUCCAUCAACACAUGCGUGUGCACGUGGACGAGAAACGGUUCAAGUGUGAAGUGUGCGCGAAGGCGUUCAAGUGGAAGCAUAAGAUCGGGGACCACAUGAAGACGCACAGCGAGGAACGGCCCUUUAAGUGUGACCUCUGCGGGGAAGCGUUUAAGUGGAAGCAUAAUCUGGCCAAUCACGUGCGAGCCAAGCACAAGUGA